AUGUCCGACCGUGCUAUGCGCGAGAAGAAAGCGAGGCUUGAGAAGUUGGCCGAGUACAAACGCGCUCGGGAAGGCGGCGGUCGUACCUGGAAGGAAGAUGAAGACGUUCGUAUAUAUGAUGAGGUAACUGAAGAGCAGUACAAGUCUAUCGUUCGUGGGAGGCUCGCGAAGGACGACUUUGUGGAGGAUGAUGGUGCCGAGGGCUACAUGGACAAUGGAUUGGACGAUUUCUCGGAGGCAGAACAAGGCGCGGAUAGCGAAGACGUUAGGGGAAAGCGAAAAGCAAAAAGUGGCAAAGCUGAUUCGAAGGCGAGACCAAAGGGAAAACCCAAGGCGCCUCCGCCCACUGUCACCCCUUCCAUUAGUGCCUAUCGUCCGGCAGUCUCAAAGGAGCAAGAAGAUGACUUCAUGCAAGACAUUCUUGGCCAGUUCAAUGAUAUGGAGAAGACCGUUAGCAAUGCCACCGCAAUCUCAAGGUCUCGCAAGCGCAAGCCGAGCAUAGAGAGGAACGAGGAGCGGGAAUUCUCAACCAAGCCCCGCACAUCUUUAUAUCGGCAUCGUGAUGCCUAUCAUCAUAGGUCCUCCUACCCAACCGCAGACAUGUCCUCCGAUGGAUUCCUUGAUGACCCACUAGACCACAUUCCCGCCAGCGACGAUGAAAUCCUCAGCCCCAAGAAGAAGAUGCGGACUGAGGCUAGCGACCUGAAGCCCGCUAUCGAGCAGCUAAGUCAAUUGGGAGUUUACAGCGACGCUAGCGAGCCAGACGAGUAUGAUUCGGCCUUCGACGACAGUGACUUAAUGGAUGUCGAUAUUGCGGAGCUUGACAACCGGAAGCCGAAGCCCGUGAACUCAGGACGCAUACAAGUGAAGAUGGAGACGGAGGAGGAACAUAAGCCUCUAAAGCCUAUCAAUGGCAAGCUCAAUAUGAAGCAGGAGACGACGCCGUCUUGGCUCUCUGUAUAUGAAUCCUUGAAAACCGCCCCGGAAGAGAUGAUAGGUCAUUCGACUAUGGCCUCGGGGAUCUCAAGUAAUCCCUCCGACGUCUCUGUACUUGAGCCAGAUGGCUCGCUGCGAUUCUUCUGGCUCGACUACCUGGAACAUGAAGGCAAGCUAUAUUUUAUUGGCAAGACGCAAGACAAAGCAUCGAAGGCAUGGCUUUCAUGCUGUGUCAUGGUGGAGAAUUUGCAGCGGAAUCUGUUCGUUCUCCCGCGCGAGCGCCGCGUCGAUCUAGACGAGGAGACUGGAGAAAUAUACGAGACAGAUGUCAUCCCCGAGAUGUCUGACAUUUAUAGCGACUUCGACCAGAUCCGUCGCAGGACUGGUAUCAAGAGUUGGAAGGGCAAAGUCGUGAAGAGAAGGUAUGCGUUUGGGGAGAAGGACGUCCCGAGAGGUGAAUCUCAGUGGUUCAAGGUCGUAUAUGGCUUCAAUGAGCCUCAGCUUCCGAAUAAUGUCUCUAGUCCUAACUUUGCUCGCAUCUUCGGCACCAAUACUACCGCAUUCGAGUUGCUGGUACUCAAGCGGAAGAUCAUGGGUCCAUGCUGGCUUCAGAUCAAGAAACCUCAGCUAGAUCACAAGGGAGUGUCUUGGUGCAAAGUCGAAGCCACCGUGUCUGAUCCCAAAGAUAUUAAUCCGUUUUCUGAGACUGAUGAUCAAGCCCCGAGGGAGAUGCCUCCUCUCAACGUCGUGAGUCUUAGCUUGCGGACAAUUGUCAACCAUAAAGAGAACAACCGCGAGAUCGUCUGUGCCACAGCUCGAAUCUGGUCAAAUUUGGACAUCGACGAUCCCACUCCACCCGAAGCUCUACCAUGCACCGUCCGAACGUUCGUCCGACCCCUGGACAAGUUCCCGCCCAACUUCGAGACUCGCGCUCGAGGCAAUGGUAAAGGAGUGAUCUCGCCGAUGAAGAAUGAGCGAAUGCUUCUGAACAGCUUGUUAGUUACUAUUCACAAAGCAGAUCCGGACGUGAUCGUAGGACAUGAGUUCCUUGGCGUGUCCUUGGAUGUCCUACUUCACCGGAUGCGCGACUUAAAGGCGGAUCAUUGGUCAAGGAUAGGUCGCUUUAGAAGAUCUAAAUGGCCAAGCAUCGGCCGGCAAGGUACCAACCUUAAGUUCGUCAAUGGAAGAUUGCUAUGUGACCUUGCAAGUGACAGCGCGAAGGGCAUGAUAUCCUCGACGACCUGGUCUCUAACAGAGAUGUGCAAGACACAUCUGAAAAGCGAGCGACAGGACAUAGAUCCAGACGACACAGCGAGCUACUUCGACAGUAGCGUUAGCUCGCCUGAGCGACUGCUCACCUUCGUUCGUCAUUGUGAACUCGAUGCUCAUUUUCAGAUGGCGCUUGCUGCGAAAGUGCAAAUAUUGCCUCUGACGAGGCAGCUCACGAACCUGGCGGGCAAUUCAUGGAAUAAGACCUUAAAUGGUGGGCGUGCCGAGCGCAACGAGUACAUUCUGCUGCACGAAUUUCAUCGCUUGAAGUACAUUUGCCCGGACAAACUGUGGGGCAAGAAAGCGGCUACGGCAGAGAAGGUGUCCCAUGACGAUGAUGCAGAAGGCGGCAAGACCACAAAAGGGAAGAGAGAUAAGUACAAAGGAGGUCUUGUCUUUGAGCCGAAACGUGGACUGUGGGACAAGUACAUCCUUGUCAUGGAUUUCAACUCGCUGUACCCCAGCAUCAUCCAAGAGUACAACAUCGACUUCACUACUGUCGAGCAAAUGGAAGAUGAGGACGGCGAGGAGAAGAUGCCGGAACCGCCAAGCUCUGACGUUACUCAGGGCGUCCUGCCUCGCUUGAUCGCCACUUUGGUGAACCGCCGUCGACAAGUCAAGAGCUUGAUGAAAGACCGCAAAGCGACGCAGUCGCAACUGUUGCAGUGGGAUAUCAAGCAAAUGGCUCUGAAGCUAACCGCCAACAGUAUGUACGGAUGUCUCGGUUUCGAGUAUUCGAGGUUCUAUGCGAGGCCACUCGCCGCCUUGACGACCUUCAAGGGACGAGAAAUUCUGACACAUACGCGAGAACUGGCAGAGAGUCUGCAACUCGAUGUCGUUUACGGAGAUACCGACUCUGUGUUCGUCAACUCAAACGUCACUGACCUCGCGGAAGCCUUGAAGAUCUCCGCAGAGUUCAAGAAGGCUGUAAACGACCGAUACAAGCUGCUCGAGAUCGAUCUGGAUGGCAUCUUCCAGCGGCUGCUUCUUCUGCAGAAGAAGAAGUAUGCUGCCAUUAAGGUGGAGGACGGCACGCGGACGUCGACUGAAGUCAAGGGUCUGGAUAUGAAACGAAGAGAGUAUUGUGUCCUCUCCAAAAAUGUCUCUCAUUACGUUCUCGAACAAAUACUUUCGGGAGAAGCGACCGAGACGGUCGUCGAGCGAAUACACGAGUAUUUGACGAGCAUGGGGGAGGAUGUGCGUGCCGGCAAGGUCAAGAUGGACGACUUCAUCGUCUUCAAGCGACUAGGCAAGAAUCCGGAAGACUACCCCGACGCCAAGAGCCAACCUCAUGUCCAGGUCGCAAUGCGCAUGAAGGCAAGGGGCGGUACGGCUCGCGCAGGCGAUGUGAUACCCUAUGUGUUCUGUUUGGGCGAGAACGGCGAGGCUGCGAAAUCGGCGCAGGCUGACCGGGCGAAGCACCCUGACGAAUUGCGCAGGGCGGAGUCGGAGCUGAAGAUCGACUACGAGUACUACCUGUCGCAGCAAAUACUCCCUCCAAUUGAACGGCUGUGCGAGCCGAUUGAGGGCACCGAUCGUGCACGACUAGCGGAAUGUCUAGGACUGGAUGCAAGCCGCUAUCGCUCUAGCGCGGGCGAGUCAGAAGAGCGGUACUUCGGCACCCUCGACUCGCUCAUAUCGGAAGCCGAGCGGUUCAACGAUGCGGAUCAUUUCAUCGUGCGGUGUCGUCAAUGCAAGGCUGAGAUUGCAUUUGAGCCCAUCAGUGACAGAGAGUCAUCACUUUUAUUGCCCUCCGGUCCUACAUGCCCCGGAUGCAAGUCCGUGAUGGGCACGGCAAGUCUUCAAGUUCAGCUGGAGACGCAGAUCCGCGAGCAUAUAAAUAAGUACUAUGAGGGAUGGACGGUCUGCGACGACCCGACGUGCGGGAACCGCACGCGCAUGAUGCGCGUCUAUGGCCGGCGGUGCUUGCGACAGGGAUGCGCAGGAUCUGUCUCGUUUGAGUACUCGGAUGCGCAGCUCUACAAUCAGCUGCGAUACUAUGCUUCCUUGUUCAGUGCUGAGAAAGCAAUGAAGGCGGUUACUGGCGUCAAGCUUGAUGAGUUGAGAGCACUGGUCAACGUUCAGGCAGAGUUUCUGCAGACGAUGGACGCGACCGUCGAGAAAUACCUCGAGCAGUGCGGGCGGCGAUGGGUGGAUCUCACGUCGCUGUUUUCCUUCAUGAAGGUGUAG